GGCGCGACUUGGCCUCGCUCCCGGAGCCGGGCGGCGAUCGCGGCGGCGCAGCCGGGCUGGAGGCGCCGGGCCCGCUCGAGCGGCGGCCGCGGCGAUCGGAGCGGCGCGAUCGCGCGGCGGCGAUCCGGGCUGCGGGCGCCGGGCACCGGGCGGGCGCCGGGCGCGGCGCGGCGGGGAAGAUGACCGCGGGCUCGGGCGUGCUGCUCCUGCUGCUCUCGCUCUCCGGCGCGCUCCGGGCCCAUAAUGGGGAUCUUACAGCCAGAGAGACCUGCAAGGCUGGAUUCUCCGAAGAAGAUUACACGGCAUUAAUCUCCCAAAAUAUUCUGGAGGGAGAGAAGCUACUCAAAGUCAAGUUCAGCAGCUGUUUGGGAACCAAGGAGACGCAAUAUGAGACCAACAGCGUGGACUUCAAGGUCGGAGCAGACGGGACAGUCUUUGCUGCUCGGGAGCUGCACAUCCCCUCGGAGCAGGUGGCGUUCACGGUGACCGCGUGGGACCGCCAGACAGCCGAGCGAUGGGACGCCGUGGUGCGGCUGCUGGUGGCCCGGACCUCCUCGUCCACGCACUCUGGACACAAGAAAGGAACGAAGAGCACCCUUCUGGACCCCUCUCAGCCGCCGGAUGACACGCUGUUGCCGUGGCCCCAGCACCAGAACUCCAACGGGUUGAGGCGACAGAAACGGGACUGGGUCAUCCCACCCAUCAACGUGCCAGAAAAUUCCCGCGGGCCCUUCCCACAGCAGCUUGUGAGGAUCCGAUCUGACAAAGACAACGACAUUCCAAUCCGGUACAGCAUCACUGGCGUGGGUGCAGACCAGCCCCCCAUGGAGGUCUUCAGCAUCGACUCCAUGUCUGGCCGGAUGUACGUCACUCGGCCCAUGGACCGGGAGGAGCGAGCCUCCUACCACCUCAGAGCCCACGCCGUGGACAUGAACGGAAACAAGGUGGAGAACCCCAUCGACCUGUACAUCUAUGUCAUCGACAUGAACGACAACCGCCCCGAGUUCGUCAACCAGGUCUACAACGGCUCCGUGGACGAGGGCUCCAAGCCAGGCACCUACGUGAUGACAGUCACAGCCAAUGAUGCUGACGACAGCACCACAGCCAACGGGAUGGUGCGGUACCGAAUCGUGACCCAGACCCCACAGAGCCCAUCCCAGAACAUGUUCACCAUCAACAGUGAGACAGGGGACAUUGUGACAGUGGCUGCUGGCCUGGACCGAGAGAAAGUUCAGCAGUACACAGUCAUCAUUCAGGCCACAGACAUGGAAGGAAACCUUAACUAUGGCCUCUCGAACACAGCCACAGCCAUCAUCACCGUGACGGACGUGAAUGACAACCCGCCAGAAUUCACCGCAAGCACGUACGCAGGGGAAGUCCCUGAAAACCGGGUGGAGACGGUGGUGGCAAACCUCACCGUGAUGGACCGAGAUCAGCCCCAUUCGCCAAACUGGAACGCCGUCUACCGUAUCAUCAGCGGGGACCCCUCGGGGCACUUCAGCAUCCGCACGGACCCUGUCACCAACGAGGGCAUGGUCACCGUGGUGAAGGCGGUCGACUACGAGCUGAACAGAGCAUUCAUGCUGACCGUGAUGGUGUCCAACCAGGCGCCCCUGGCCAGCGGGAUCCAGAUGUCCUUCCAGUCCACAGCAGGGGUAACCAUCUCCGUCAUGGACAUCAACGAGGCCCCCUACUUCCCCUCAAACCACAAGCUGAUCCGCCUGGAGGAGGGCGUGCCCACCGGCACCGUGCUGACCACGUUUUCAGCAGUGGACCCCGACAGGUUCAUGCAGCAGGCCGUGAGAUACUCAAAGCUGUCGGACCCGGCAAACUGGCUGCACAUUAACGCCACCAACGGUCAGAUCACCACGGCGGCCGUCCUCGACCGCGAGUCCCUCUACAUAAAAAAUAACGUCUAUGAGGCCACCUUCCUGGCGGCGGACAACGGGAUCCCCCCGGCCAGCGGCACCGGGACCCUCCAGAUCUAUCUCAUUGACAUCAAUGACAAUGCCCCUGAGCUGCUGCCCAAGGAGGCGCAGAUCUGCGAGAAGCCCAGCCUGAACGCCAUCAACAUCACAGCCGCCGAUGCCGACAUGGACCCCAACAUCGGCCCCUACGUCUUCGAGCUGCCCUUUGUGCCGGCCACUGUGCGGAGGAACUGGACCAUCACUCGCUUAAACGGUGACUAUGCCCAGCUCAGCUUGCGCAUCCUGUACCUGGAGGCCGGAAUGUACGAUGUCCCCAUCAUCGUCACAGAUUCUGGGAACCCUCCCUUGUCCAACAUGUCCAUCAUCAAAGUCAAGGUGUGCCCGUGCGACGAGAAUGGUGACUGCACCACCAUUGGCGCGGUGGCAGCGGCUGGUCUGGGCACGGGUGCCAUCGUGGCCAUCCUCAUCUGCAUCGUCAUCCUGCUGACCAUGGUCCUGCUGUUUGUUGUGUGGAUGAAGCGGCGGGAGAAGGAGCGCCACACAAAGCAGCUGCUCAUCGACCCCGAGGACGACGUGCGGGACAACAUUCUCAAGUACGACGAGGAAGGGGGCGGCGAGGAGGACCAGGACUACGACCUCAGCCAACUGCAGCAGCCAGAGACCAUGGAGCAUGUGCUGAGCAAGGCCCCCGGGGUGCGCCGGGUGGACGAGCGGCCCGUGGGCGCCGAGCCCCAGUACCCAGUCAGGCCUGUGGUGCCCCACCCGGGAGACAUCGGCGACUUCAUCAACGAGGGACUCCGGGCGGCCGACAAUGACCCCACAGCACCCCCCUACGACUCAUUGCUGGUCUUCGACUACGAGGGGAGUGGCUCCACUGCGGGCUCUGUCAGCUCGCUGAACUCGUCCAGCUCCGGGGACCAAGACUACGAUUACCUGAAUGACUGGGGGCCCAGGUUCAAGAAGCUGGCAGACAUGUACGGAGGCGGUGAGGAGGAUUAACUGGCCCCCUCCUCGGACCAAAACGAGAACAGCACUCGGACGGACGCCGGAGGAGCAGGACUGUGGGAGGCAGCUGGUCUUCCCAGCUUCCUGCGGACGUGUCAUUAGUGGUGUGUCAGGGGUCCCUCCCCGCCCCAGUCCCCCAACAUUGAGCUGUCUGGCAUGAACACUUCUCGCCCCGCGGCGCCCCGCCCACCACAGUAGCUGAGUUAGCAGUAAAGGGGAGCGAGAGGCACUCUGUCUUAACUUGAAUUUCUUAGAACAGAAGCACUGUUUUUAAAAAAAAAAAAAAAAAAAUGAAAGUGCCUUUUGGUACACGUAUCAGAUUCCCUCAAACUCAGGAGUGACUACAAGCAAGCAGAUAGACCGAGUCCCCAGCCCCGGUCCUGAGCACCCCCACGCCAGCCAGUCCCGGCUCUGAAGGCACCAGUUAAGGAAUUGGCGAGAAUGUGUCUUUUUCUUUUUGUCUUUUAUUAAGAAAAUAAGUGGGUGACUCGCUUGACAAAAUUUACAAGGAAACCGUAGUUUGGGGUCCAAAUCCCCACAGCCUUUCUGAGCCCUCACACUUUGCUGUACACAGUCAGGGUCUCCUGGGACCCUUGGAGGUUCCCAAGGCCAGCUGGAGGCGGGGAGGCCCAGCCUGCGGCUCCAGCAGCAGAAGGUUCUCCUGGGGCGGGCCGAACCGUUGACCAAAGGCGCGACUGUGUGAAUGUGGCUGUCUUUGGACACCCCGGACUCCCAGAUGCUGUAAAUAGCUGGGGCAGGUGGGGUUCCCAGGGGCUGUCCCUGAUGCUCCCCAUCUCUGCCCUUGGUCAUCCCCCAGACCCCCCCAGUCAACCAUUAGGCCUCCCCCAGGGCCAACUGUCACCCCGAAUGCCACCCAGGUCCUCAUCGCCUUUGGUCCAGGAGAGUAUGGUGCCCCAAGAGGGCACAGCCCAAAACAGCCAGUGUCUCACCUAAUGUUGGCAUGAGCCCUCCACUUCUCGCCAUCUGACUCCUGAGGGACCCCGUCCAAGGCCCAGCAAACACGAACACGCACCAGUCCAAAUCUCUGAGCGCUCUGGAUGCCUCCGGCCACCCCCGGGGGCUGUGCAGACCACCGGGAGAGGUGCACCUCGCUCACGGUUCCAGGAGGCGUGGAACCCAGCGCCAUCAGCAGGGGACUCUGGCAGCCCCUUCUCCUGCCCUGCCCCUCUGCACCAGAGUUUCUGAUGCUUGUGAACUGAUGUGGAUGGCACAGAUCUGCUCUGAAUGGCAGGGAGAGCCCCAGCAUUGCUGCGCCGUCUUUCCCACAGAUGUGUCUGCACCCCACCCGCCAGAAACAACAGCCAGUCUCCUCUCCUUUGGACCCACAUCAGCACCAAGCAGCUGCCAGGCGGGUUAGCUGCUCAGACUCUCAGACCUGGAAUUGCCCUUUCGAUGGGCAGUAUGACUCUCUAGCCAGACACCGGAGGGUCAGUUCCACAGGACAGCAAAAGGGGCUGUGUCCCAAGAACCCACAGGGGAGACCCCUGCUGCCUCUGCUCCCUGGGUGAGAAAAGGUGCCUGGUGCAUUUCUCUCCCUGGGCUGCCUCCCCGGGACAGUCGUUUCUGGGCGUGAAGUCUCCUCAGGCCAGGGCAGGAGGCAGGCACCCUCGUGGGGAAAUCCUCGUCUGCUCUUGGGCUCCCCAAGGAAGCAGGUGAGGGAGCCUGGGCAGGACUGGCAUCGGAGCCCCCUUGGGGGAGAGGAGUUCCAGCGAUGACGAAGGACAAGGAGGCUGGCUUGCCUUGGGGCCCCGCCCUGGACCCCCGCCCCACACCUGCUCCCGGGGUCAGGGGAGGCCUCGAGAGGGCUUAGGGGAGGUCGGGGUGGGGGUGCUGGGGUGCAGCAUGCUCUCCAUGUCUCCAUCUGGGGGUCUUUGAUCCAGUCCUCAGCCUAUGGCCUGUCCCUCUUGCUACGGUCAUCCUCUUUUCUAAAAAGCUUUGGCCUCGAAGAUGAACUUGAGUGGACAUGAGUGUGUGCGAAUCACAUGGGUGUGUCCCUGUUGGACAUCAGGGUUCUUCCCCAAACCAAACUCAUCACCAACCGCGUCCACCUCCCAGAGCUGAGCUGGGGUGACAGGCUCUGGCGUGUGGCCUGUGGAGGGUUCUGUCCACCCUAACCCCAUCCAGGACUGCCUGGGGAGUGAAGGAAGGAUGGAUGGGAGGGAGGUCACCCGGGUCACGUGCUGGAUGCUCCCCCCCCGUGCAGACCGCCAUCUCACAGAUGUCAGGGGGGUGGCCUGUCAAGGGAAGGGGACCACGACCCCCAUUCUGAAGCCGUGCUAUGCAAAUCGUUUGGGGUCAGGAAGCCAUUGAGCAUUGUCCCAGUGUCUGGGGGUGCGGCCAUCUGAGGGAUUGCUGAUGGGAUCAGGGCUGGUGGGAUGUGAGCUAGAAUCUUCUGUUUUUGGUUUUUUUUUGGAAAGUUCAUCCUCCAGUCGAAGUUCUAAGUGUGAAUAUGGCCCAGGAGCUGAGGCAGCUGUGGACUCUUCUCUCUGAAAUCCCGAGGCCUCCUUGGGUCCCCCGGGCCCUGGGCUCACCUCAGGGACAGAUGUGCCAGGCCCAGCCUAGGACUCGGCAUCCUGAACACCAAUCCCGCCAUCCCCUUGUGUGACCAGGAUCCCUCUGCCUCCCUCCACCAGGGAGAGCCAGACGCACAUGUCUGCCUCCCCGCCUCCCUCAGCUCCUGUCCCUUGGCUCCUCUCCCCUCUCCCCUUGCCUCUCGUCACUGCCAAUGCCCCGUUGCAUUUUGCCUAAAUUGUGCAAGCUUGUGGCGAUCAGCUGGGGGGACAUCGAUGGGGGACUUCUUGUGCCCAUCCCUAUUCCAAACAACUGGACAGCUGCCCCCUCUCACUCCCACCCCAGGCAGCCCUUGGGGCCAGAGAAAGAUGGGGUCCCCACACCCUCCCAGAUCCAUCUUGGAACUCUGCUCCGAGGCCAAUGAGUUAGCGUUAGCUAAGCGUACAAUCGGUGUCAAACGUCUUUCUUACGUAGCUUGUAAAUACGACCCGUCCGUGACCAGGGGACCCAGCCGCAGAGGCCCAGACUCAGCGCUGGCAGAGUGCUCGGGCACGGCUUAGAUUCUUUAGGGAAUUUUGUUCUGUGAACAGAGAAACCUGCGCUGUAGGGUGGAGUGCAAGAAGGCCGUGGGCCAGGUCAGCGGGCACCCCAGCCGAGGGCCGCCGUGUCUGUCAGGGCCUCAGCACCCCCACCUCCUGGCCAAGCAGGUCUUCUCCUGCUCAUAUCUUUCAGCACAUCCAAAGCGCAGGCCUCCCACCACCACAGUGUCGGGGGAACGGCCAAGCGUCAGGCCUCAGAGGUGCCUCAGUUUCCCCAGAGUGAGCACUGGCCGACACAGUCCUUCGAGAUGACAACUCUGUUCUCUCCAAGGUAGAAAGUCGGGGGAGGGGAGUCUCAAUUUUUGUCAGUGCUAAAAGGAAUAACUCCAAAAAGACAAAGUCUCCCACACACAGAGCACGUGUGCACUCGCUCGCAGCGACGUGGUGUACAGAGAACAGGUAUGCUCGAGCCACGGACCAGAGGGGAGCCCCUCUGUGUAUAAUGGGAACACCUUUUGCUUUUCCUGUCUCUCCUCUUUCCAUUCUGAUUUUUUUUUUGCAUGUUUCUUUUUGAAAAUGGACAAAAUGUGUAGCAGCCCGCAUGACUGUGGUUGUUUUGGGGAAAGAUACUGGAGUAUGACGUAUUCACACUGCAACUCUGAGCAUCGCGCAGUUAGACAAAUGUUCCAACUUCUUUUGUAAUCGUCAACAGCACAACUAUUUUGUAUUGUUGUUUGUAUCAUUUUGUACCAAAAAAAAAAAAAAGGAAAAAAAGGGAAGAGCGUCGAUGUUUUCAAUGUGUUUUGAGUGCCAGGCGGUCUUGGCUCCAAACUGAGCAGCAGCUGUGCGGAGUUGUGGCCUGGAGCAGCGGCGGGGCACUGGCGCGCUGCUCCACAGGAGUAAAUAAA